GUCCAGGAGUUGGUUACUUACUAGAACUUGAUAUAAAAGGAAGGCGAUACAGUGAAGUUUAAGGAGCCGGUGAGUGGAAUAGAAAUUAAAUUGCACUGAAAUGGCGCAGUCAAAUUCGAGAGGCUAGCCACAUGUGACUUUUGAGCAUGUGAAAUGCUGGCUAGUCGAAUUGAGAUGUGUUGUGGGUGUUAAAUACGCUGGACUUUGACGUUUGAGUAGUAAAAGCAACGCAAAAUAUCUGAGAGCCGAGCUUAGCUCCCUGGCACCAUGUGUGGCAUCUGGGCCCUCUUUGGCAGUGAUGACUGCCUCUCGGUGCAGUGUCUGAGUGCCAUGAAGAUUGCGCACAGGGGUCCAGAUGCCUUUCGCUUUGAGAACGUCAAUGGCUACACCAAUUGCUGCUUUGGAUUUCACCGGUUGGCUGUGGUGGACCAGCUGUUUGGGAUGCAGCCAAUCCGAGUGAAGAAAUACCCAUACUUGUGGCUCUGCUACAAUGGUGAAAUCUACAACCACACAAAGCUGCAACAGCAUUUUGGGUUUGAGUAUCAGACUAGAGUGGACGGCGAGAUCAUCCUUCAUCUUUAUGACAAAGGCGGAAUCGAGCAAACGGUCAGCAUGCUGGACGGUGUGUUUGCAUUUAUUUUGCUGGACACUGCCAGUAAGAAGGUGUUCCUGGGCAGAGACACGUAUGGAGUCAGGCCUCUGUUUAGGGCCAUGACCGAAGAUGGAUUUUUAGCUGUGUGCUCAGAGGCUAAAGGUCUUGUUACACUGAAGCACUCUACGGCCCCCUUCUUAAAAGUGGAGCCUUUUCUUCCUGGACAUUAUGAAGUUUUGGACCUGAAGCCGAACGGCAAAGUGGCAUCCGUGGAAACAGUGAAGUACCAUCACUGUCGGGGGGAACCCCUGCACGCCCUGUAUGACAGCGUGGGGAAGCUCUUCCCAGGUUUUGAGCUAGAAACAGUGAAGAGCAACCUGCGGAUCCUUUUUAACAAUGCUGUGAAAAAGCGUUUGAUGACUGACAGAAGGAUCGGCUGCCUGCUGUCAGGGGGCUUGGAUUCCAGCCUGGUCGCUGCCACCCUGCUAAAGCAGCUGAAAGAGGCCCAAGUACAGUAUGCUCUCCAGACGUUUGCGAUUGGCAUGGAAGACAGCCCCGAUUUGCUGGCUGCUAGAAAGGUAGCAAAUCACAUUGGGAGUGAACAUCACGAAGUCCUCUUUAACUCUGAGGAAGGCAUUCAGGCCUUAGAUGAAGUCAUAUUUUCCUUGGAAACUUAUGACAUUACCACAGUUCGUGCUUCAGUGGGUAUGUAUUUAAUUUCCAAGUAUAUUCGGAAGAACACGGACAGUGUGGUGAUCUUCUCUGGAGAGGGAUCGGAUGAGCUUACGCAGGGUUAUAUAUAUUUUCACAAGGCCCCUUCUCCUGAGGAAGCCGAGGAAGAGAGUGAGCGGCUGCUGAAGGAACUCUACCUGUUUGAUGUCCUCCGUGCUGAUCGGACCACGGCUGCCCACGGCCUUGAGCUGAGAGUCCCGUUUCUGGACCACCGGUUUUCUUCCUAUUACUUGUCUCUGCCGCCAGACAUGAGAGUACCAAAGAAUGGGAUAGAAAAACAUCUCCUCCGAGAGACGUUUGAAGACUCUAAUCUGAUUCCUAAGGAGAUUCUCUGGCGACCAAAAGAAGCCUUCAGCGAUGGAAUAACCUCAGUGAAGAAUUCCUGGUUUAAGAUUUUACAGGAAUUUGUUGAACAUCAGGUUGACGAUGCCAUGAUGGCAAAUGCAGCCCAGAAAUUUCCCUUCAACACUCCUAAGACCAAAGAAGGCUACUACUACCGUCAGAUCUUUGAGCGUCACUACCCAGGCCGGGCCGACUGGCUCAGCCAUUACUGGAUGCCCAAGUGGAUCAAUGCCACCGACCCGUCUGCCCGCACACUGACCCACUACAAGUCGGCUGCCAAAGCUUAGGCACACCCUUGGUGGCGGAGGGAAAGCGGCAUUUCUCCUUGUGACGGGCAGGGAGCCUGGGGGCGGCUGGGGGCAUUGAGUCACCACCUGGGCUUACUUGGGUUGGACGAAAUAAACAUUGUAAAUCUUA